CUCGUCUCAAACAAAAAUACGGCGACUGAAGCACGCUGCGGCGUAGAAGAUGGAGAUUUCUAAACACAAAGUGUUUUACUGACAAAAGCCGCUGCUUGAGGAGCGUUUGACCGGCGGGAUAUUCGUCAAUCUGCAACUGGACUAACAGAUCUUCCUAAACAUGUUGAGCUUCCUACGCCGGACUCUGGGCAGGCGGUCCAUCCGCAAACAUGCUGAGAAAGCUCGACUCAGGGAAGCCCAGCGAGCCACAACACACAUCCCAGCUGCUGGAGAUGCCAAGUCCAUCAUCACCUGUCGAGUGUCUUUGUUAGACGGCACAGAUGUCAGUGUUGACCUGCCGAAAAAAGCCAAAGGUGCAGAGCUGUUUGAACAGAUCAUGUAUCACCUGGAUGUUGUCGAGAAGGAUUACUUUGGCCUGCGCUUUAUGGAUUCAGCCCAAGUCCCGCACUGGCUUGAUGUCACCAAAAGCAUCAAAAAACAAGUAAAAAUUGGUCCACCGUAUUGCCUCCAUAUGAGAGUAAAAUUCUACUCCUCUGAGCCCAACAACUUGCAUGAAGAGCUAACAAGAUACCUUUUUGUUCUACAGUUAAAGCAGGACAUUCUCAGUGGCAAGCUAGAAUGCCCAUUCGACACAACCGUGGAGUUGGCUUCCUAUGCUCUACAAGCUGAACUAGGCGAUUAUGACCCUGCCGAGCAUGGACUUGACCUGGUGUCAGAAUUCCGCUUUAUCCCGAACCAGACAGAAGACAUGGAAGUAGCCAUUUACAACGCCUGGAAGGAGUGCAGAGGCCAGACGCCAGCACAAGCGGAGAUCAACUAUCUCAAUAAGGCCAAAUGGCUGGAGAUGUAUGGAGUGGACAUGCAUAUGGUCAAGGCACGAGACGGAAAUGAAUACAGCCUAGGUCUGACCCCCACUGGAGUGCUUGUGUUUGAAGGGGAAACUAAAAUUGGCCUGUUCUUCUGGCCCAAGAUCACACGUCUGGACUUCAAGAAGUGCAAACUCACCCUGGUGGUAGUGGAAGAUGACGAACAGGUAAUGCAGGAGACAGAAGAGGGGAAAGAGCAGGAGCACACAUUUGUCUUUCGCAUGGACCAUCCAAAGGCCUGCAAGCAUCUGUGGAAGUGUGCUGUAGAGCACCAUGCCUUCUUCCGCCUGCGUGGCCCCGUCCAGAAAAGCUCAGCCCGCUCUGGGUUCAUCCGCAUGGGCUCGCGUUUUAGAUACAGUGGGAAGACAGAAUAUCAGACAACAAAGGCAAACAAAGCUAGAAGGUCUGCCUCCUUUGAAAGAAGACCAAGCCGUCGUUACUCUAGAAGGACCAUGCUGAACAGAGGUCCCAACAAAUCCUCAGAUAACCACAAUAACGGUGUGAGCCCAAGUAUAGAAAAAAAGCCCACCCAUACACGUCCUCCCUGGUCCGGUAUGCCUGUGGUCAGCAGUCCGCCCUCUGCGCCAGGCCCCAUGGAGAUUGAAACGCUUCCGAGGAGCCCCGGUGGCAGCCAAUCGGACAAGAGGAGCAUGCCCAUUGUGACUGACCUCUUGGAGACAUGUGUAGACGAGGUUCUUCAGGCCACUGUUCCCAUGGCGACAGUAGAGGAAGCGGGACCAGUUGCUGCUCAUACCAGCGCCAGCAGCGUCACCGAGGAGACCUUAUCGCUUACCGAGGCUGCAGCUCGACUCAAGCAACUAGAGAUUGAAAACACUCCAGUGUCUGUUCCAGCCAGAACCAAUGUCAACCUCAACAUGAACAACCAGGAUGAUGUGGUGAAACUGACAGAGAAAAGUUUGAACAGUGUGAGCAGCAGUCCUGUCCUGAAUCAGCUCAAAGCUCCUGACGAACUCAAGAGCAACAUCCUGAAAGCUCAGGCAGAGGCAGCACUUAAGGAUUCAAGAGAUGAGCUUGGACUGACUCCAGACAAGAACUGUAACCUGCAGGAAGCAGCAGCCAGAUUAACCGGUCGUGGGGGCCGUAUGGGAAGCACAACCUCUCUGCCAGUGAGUGGGAGAGCGGAGCGGCAGGAGUCCUGGGACAUGCUCAAACAGCCCGGCCUGCUGCCAUGCUCUACCAGCAGCCUGGAAGAGAAGGCCGAUGACUUCAUCUCUUCAGUGCCGCCUCUAUCAUCAGAUCCAGUGAAUGAAGCUCACUCAUCCAAGGUGAAAGUUGAAGAUCCCGAGCCGCUGACAGCCCCUCUGACUGAUAACCUGAUAGACUUCACAGACCCCCUUCCUGUAGUGCCACCACCUAAACCCACAAUUACUCCACGAUGGAUCAUUCCAGCUUCAGCACCUACACAGUCUGGCACCUUUACUAACGGCCUCCUCGACUGUCCCACAAAGGUGUCAUCUCACCAUCCUGAGGGCUCUGUUUCCCCUCUUCCUCAGCUCUCUCAAACUCACAAUGUCAUUGCCACCAGCAUUGUGGCUCACUCGACCAAGGACAACAACCACAAGCCCAAAGGUCUACUGACCACUGAACUCUGAAAGCGAUGCCUCAAGCACAUGCCCAGCACCUGUACCUUGGACCAUCAAAACAUUUCUUUUGAGCACGACAUUCCAGUCAAACACAUUCCAGUGCCCUUGCAGUGCAGGAACAGACAACUGUGCUGGGCUAACAUAGAGAACAGAUGGCAUCCACGAGCCCAGAUCUCACCACAAAUAAGAGAACUUGAAGGGCUAGCAGCACGUUCUCAGUGUUUGACGACCACCUUUCCUUUUAUAACUCUUAUACCUCUUUUGAUUGACUCUAUACAGCUCUUUGUUGUAGCAGCAGCAGCAGCAGCACAUAGAUGACCCGCUCCUGUUGUGAAUGGAUGUUUGAUCAUCUAGAAUGUUUGAUCUACUUGCUGUCCACUUCUUGUUCAGAUCUUCUGAUUGGACGACUGAGCGCAUCACUGACUGUUUUUCUUCAUGCAGAAGUUCUAUUUUUAUCUUUGCCUUUCUUUUAUGUUCUUAUGAAUAAUAGCAGCAUUCCUUAUUGCGCUUUAAGUACUACUCUUAACUGCACAGUUGUUAGAGCACUGUUAGCACUGGCCAACAUGCAGUCGUCAAGUCGCUGAGCCAAGAUCUGCUGUUUGGAUCUUUUAUCAAUGCUGUUUUUAUCCAAACACUGUAGUUAUGACCUGCCUUAUUUUAAUAGUUCAUAUAAUAUUUUUUUUAAUGUACAUGACAUGAACUCAUUGCAGCAUAAUGUCAUUUGUCAUCUGUUUAACUGACAUAUUUCACUGAGUAUUCAGUGUAGUGUGUAAUAGCAGCUUUAAAAGGGUCGAUUAACCCAGAAAUGAAAAGGUUCAUUAUUUUUUUCAGCUUCAAGUUGUUCCAAAGCUGAGUUUCCUGUUUAAUAUUAAAUAUAUUCUGAAUAAUGUGGGUAACCAAAUCCCUCUUAAUGCUGGUUUUCCCAUUUUUGUCCCUACUAUAAAAAGCAAAAUGGGGAUCAAAAACUGACCUGAAAGAAACUCUUAUACGUUUGGAACCAUUUGAAGUAAAUGAUGACAGAAUUUUUUUAAAGAUGCUGAAUUUGAUUUUUUAGAAGAUACAGGAGCAGCUGAGACGUCUCUGACUUGUGCAGUAUUAAACUGGACAACGUAACCAGCUAAAAUGUUUUAGGUGUGAUACUAGAGGCCUUUCAUUAACCCUUUCUUUUCCUCCUGUGUAAACUCCAUAAGCAAUUGCUGCUAUUUUUCAGUACACUGAAAACUGCAUUCUCGCUAUAAAUCACUGGAUCUGAAAUCACUGGAAUCAAAUAUUUAAAGGUCAGUUAUCAACUUUUUAUACAAGCAGUUUUUGUGCGAGAAAUUGUAAGUUAAACUUCUGAAAAGGUGUUUAUAUGAUAUUCAUGCUCUGAUUAUUGGAAAUGCUCAAUCACAGAAAGCUGUUAUAGCAGGAAUAUAUGUAUAUGCUAAUCACGUUUGUUCUCUGCGUCUCAGUGUAGGCUUAUUUACAUAUUAUAUUAAUGAUCUGUAGAUGUCAGCAGUGAUCUGUUUAUUUCGAUACGCUGAAAAGUGUUAUACACUGUAAGCCUUGUCAUUUUGUAUGAUGUGAGACGUUCUUUGAGUAAAGGGAAUUUUAACAUG